GAACUACAAAAAUCAGUGAUGGCUGUUUGCAACCAGGAGGCUAAUUUUUCCUGCAAGAAAAUCUUUUGUAAGUAGUAAUAUCAAAUCUGUAUAUUAUGAUAUAUAGACAAUUAUGCAUGUAUACAUAUGCUAAAUAGGAACUAGCAUUGUAAAAACCAGCCUAGGUAAUCGCCUUAUGGUCAAGGCGUGUCCACUCAUCUAUUUGAUUCAAGUUUGAUAUUUUAAGACUACAUCCCCGAGCUCUAUGAGUUGGGAUCAACAACAACAACAAUAACAUCUAAGUCUUAAUCUCAAACUAGUUGAGGUCAAUUAGAUUCUUUAUCGCCAUUCAGCAAUGAAAAUGGCUGGUAGUACCUGUGAUGCUGUAGGAAGAGGUUCAUUCUCCUUCCUAGCAGUACUCUGCGGUCAAUAAGCUUUAUAAAGGUCGCUUAAGUCAGAAAAGGCAAUGUCUGAACGACGGCCCUGGGCUGAAUGCGACAACGAGUAACACACAUAACAGUCUUUUUUGGCAGUUAAAAAAAAAAGAGCAUUUCUAAAGUUUCAGCAGUAGCACAUAUAUUGGCAAGAGUGCAGAAGCACUAUCCUUUGUAUUUUUUGGUUAAUAUAGUGGAAUCAGUAGUACAUCUUAUAUCCUGCUAUGAGCUACCAAUAAUGGAAGAUCAACUGUUAUUAAUUUACUAAAUUUUUUGUCUUCACAUUGUUUUUAAUGAGAAUAUGCUUUUAGAAUCCUUAGUUCUGCAUAUGUGCACAGAUGUUAGCUAGGUUCCCAUAAAAGAUUACUUAUGUGAGUAAACUUUUAUAACGGGCAUAUAAUAGGUACCUGCACCCUACAUGCUAUACAGCACACAGUAGACAUUAACAAUUGAAACUGUGUGCUUUCUCCUCAUAUAAAUAGAGAGAUUUGUGUAAGCUUGGAACUACCAAAUAUAGCACUAGUCAGCUUUCACUUAUUUAGUCAUCUCCAAAUUCUUCUACUGCCAUGGCUCCAGUACCCACUUCUCCAAUCAAGGUUGGUCAUAUAGAUGAUGUUCAGGAACUGAGAAAGGCUAAGCCAACAACAAUCCCUGAAAGAUUUGUCAGGGACAUGACUGAAAGGCCAACACUAGCCAUAACUCUACCCUCUCUGAGUGAAAUACCUUCCAUUAAUUUCUCAAGCCUUGUGAAUGGCAAUAAAGAUGAUUGCCAAAAUGAAAUCUUGCAGCUUGCCAGAGCCUGUGAGGACUGGGGAUUUUUUCAGGUGAUUAAUCAUGGAAUUGAUCUGAGUUUGCUUGAGAGCAUAGAGGAGUUGGCCAAGAAUUUUUUCAUGUUGCCUUUAGAGGAAAAGCAGAAGUAUCCAAUGGCACCAGGAACUGUUCAGGGUUAUGGACAAGCUUUUGUGUUCUCUGAGGACCAAAAGCUGGACUGGUGCAACAUGUUUGCUCUUGGGAUUGAGCCCCACUAUAUAAGGAACCCAAAACUAUGGCCAAUACAGCCACCAAAGUUCUGUGAAACAGUAGAGGUUUAUUCAAGAGAAGUCAGGAAGUUGUGCCAGAAUCUAUUGAAGUACAUAGCUAUAACCCUUGGCUUGAAAGCAGAUAUUUUUGAAGAAAUGUUUGGGGUAGCUGUGCAAGCCAUAAGGAUGAACUACUAUCCACCUUGUUCUAGACCUGACCUUGUUUUAGGCCUAAGCCCACAUUCAGAUGGCAGUGCCCUAACCGUGCUGCAGCAAGGAAAGGGUAGCUCAGUAGGACUCCAAAUAUUUAAAGAUAACAAGUGGGUGCCUGUUCAGCCCAUUCCAAAUGCAUUAGUAAUCAACAUUGGUGACACUUUAGAAGUUCUGACAAAUGGAAAAUACAAGAGUGUUGAACACAGGGCAGUGACUCAUAAGGAAAAAGACCGUCUCUCUAUUGUCAACUUCUAUGCCCCAAGCUAUGAAAUAGAGCUUGGACCCAUGCCAGAACUCGUGGAUGAGAACAACCCAUGCAAGUAUAGGAGAUACACUCAUGGAGAAUACAACAAACACUACGUAACUAAUAAGUUACAAGGGAAGAAAACCCUGGAAUUCGCCAAGAUUAAAAGCAAGACAUCUACAGAAUAGUUACUAAAAUUUGUUUACACUGGAGCUAAUGUUUCACUUCAUGUCAUCUGUGUAGAGUAUAAGUCCAAAUUACAAGUUGGGUGUUAUAUAUAUGUCAAAAUGAGUGGGAAUCAAUGAUGGUCUGCACUAUUCGUGUGUUAACUCAUAUUUGUAAUAGACUAGCAAUUAGUUGAAGCCUGUGGGGUCUUGUGCUCAUAAGCAUUUCUUGUCAAAUGUGUUUGGUUGUGAGGACUUUUUGAAUAAGCAUCUAUAAAUAUAGAAGAAAACAAGAAUCAAAACAGGAGUAUAUGCCACUUUUA